AUGAUAUUAGUCUCCUCCAUCGCUUCCAUCUUCCCCGUAUCACAUUUAAACGUCUACUCGGCUUCUAAAGCAUUUUGCACCUUCUUUUCCAGAAGUGUUUCCGCAGAACGUCUCGGUAAAGGACUGGACAUUCAGACACUUAUUCCGUAUUACGUGUCCAUCAAAUUCAAAAAAUUCGGCGUUGUAAUUCCUAGCAGCGAUCGUUACGUGAGGGAUGUCAUUCGAACUUUAGGAAUUUCCGAUUACACUAGUGGAUUUUGGUUACACGACAUACUUAAGUAUCUUGCGGUAAAUUGUCGUACAAAUAUGUGGAAAUGGUUUACGAUAAAAUCGAUGCUCAGAAUAAAGAAACGUUUGCAAGGUAUAAUUAUGUUUCGUGAGAUAUAA